AUGGGCAAACCGUGGGGCGGAAAAGGUGGAAAGGGCCACCGAGAUGGCCUUGGCCUGCUCCAUGGCCUUGCCAGACGAUACCAGGAGCAGCAGCAGCUCACUAUGCUAGGACCCAUGCUUGCUUCAGCAGGAUUCGGGCAAUCUCAAGGCAUUCCAGCACACACCUGCCAGCAGCCACAGGCCGUGCCAGUGAUGAUGGUGCAAAACCCUGCGCUGCCGCAAGUCCCAGCGAAUUCCUUUCAGUAUGUCCCUCAAGGGCUCUACCAAAAUCCGCCGGUUGGGCAGUCGCAGCCUCAUCAUUUCACUGGUGCUACUGUGACCCCUGCAGCUGGUCCUACAGCCACAGGGUUUGAGGUGCCAGAUGGCAGUGCUAUGCAAAAGCAUGAGACGAGCAAUGCUAUCCUCUCCACCUUGACGGCUGUUGGAAGUUCACUGCAGAAGUUGGUCAACGCUUUCUCAUCACAAGAGCCGCAAAAGCCAAAGCCUAACCAGGAAACUGAGGCUGCCCAGUCGGCAAUGAAGGGAGAGCCUACAGAGCUACUCCAUGAUCUACUUCGGCUGGCCAAAUCGCGAACCCAUGAGCAGGACAAGAGCCAAGCCAAACCUUCGCGAAAACGUGCAGCUCAGGAACCAGAUGAGGCAGCCAUCCUUUCAAUCAUUGACUCUGUCCUGGGUGGAAACGAGGAUGAGGAGCGUGACGCUGAUGGUGAUGUGAAAGAGCGCUUGGCCAAUAAGAUCUCAGAGGCCAUCAAAUCCGGGGAGCUGGCAGCGCCAAAGAAAAGG